UGGAAUUAAUUAAAGCCCAGCUGUCCUGCGCACUUUCGUUCAUCACUGAUGCGCACAUCGAUACGGUAUGUCAACAACCCCUCGGCUAUAGCUGUGAAAUCGCCUGGUCUCCGUCGCUGUGCCGUUAAUCGUGUAAGGGGAGAUGAAAUGACAAAAGCAAAGGUCACCAUUAUUUAACUAUUAAAGUGAAACUGAGCCCUCGAUUCGUGAACAGGGCUGUGUUGUGAGCUGCAGGUUUACACGCUCGUCCUCGCCUCUGACAGAUGGUGAGUGCUGAGACUUCCUCCUCCUCGUGUGAGCUUUCGGUCCUUCAGCCCGAUCAGCGGGAGCACAUGGACAGGCGGAGCUCCGUGAUAAUCAACAGGCGUUUGAAUUUGACCCAAAGACCAGCAGAAGACCCUGCUCCUCAGUGGAGCCCCUGAGCUGUGAACAGAGACGAGAAGAAGAGCGCGGAGUAACUCGACCUCGGAGUUUAUGAAUGAACUUUAACGACCAUGGGAGGUGUGGACGGGUGUAGCUUGUGGUUUCGAGGAAGUGGGGUGUGGCUAGUCUGCGUUAGAGCUAGUUCGCCUUCUGACCGCGCACUUUCGUAGGUGUUCAGUCGUUCCUUUAAUGCAGCUGUUGCUUCUCCACACUCGGACAUCCAGGUGAGCUGAAACUCCUCAAAGCAACAGGCUCCCCCGCCCAGCAGUGAGACUAUGGUAACUAUGGUAUGACAGCAGAAGUUCAGGAUGGCUACAGAAGACCGAGUGGUGGACUCUUCUUUAGCUGUGGACGCACUGGAAGCGGACGGUCCAGCGGUCGAGCAGAGACCGAGCGGAUGCGUCCCGCUGCCUCAUCAGGUGGCCGGACACAAAUACGGGAUCAGUAAAGUGGGUAUCCUGCAGCACCCUGAUGGCACAGUGCUGAAACAGCUGCAGCCUCCUCCCAGAGGCCCCCGUGAGAUGCACUUCUACAAACAGGUGUAUGCUCAAGCCUGCACAGACCCACAGCUACUGGCCCUGCAGCAACACCUGCCCAGGUACUAUGGCACAUGGGCAUCAUCGGAAUCACCAAAUGAGGUGUAUCUGAAGCUGGAGGAUGUGACCCGGAGGUUUGCAUGUCCGUGUAUCAUGGAUGUGAAGAUUGGAAGGAAGAGCUAUGACCCGUUUGCCUCGCGAGAGAAACGUGAAGAGCAGAUUAGAAAGUAUCCUCCAAUGGAGGAGGUUGGAUUCCUGCUUCUGGGAAUGAGGGUGUACCAGGUAAAUUCAGAGAGUUAUAUCAGUCAUGACCAGUUUUAUGGACGCAGUCUGAGGCAAGAGACGCUCAAAACUGGCUUGGCUCAAUUCUUCCAUAAUGGAGUGGAACUCAGGAAAGAUGCUGUUUCUCUCAGCAUCUGUAAAAUCCGUGAUAUCCUGCGCUGGUUCGAGGGUCAGAAGCAGCUGCACUUCUAUGCCAGCUCUCUGCUGUUUGUGUACGAGGGCUCACCUCGCUUAGCUAACGGAAUCAAGUGGAGAGAAGACGCCCAGACAAGACAGGAAAAUGGGCAAGGUGAACUAGAGUGCAAUAAUAACAUUCACCUUGCCAACUGCAAGCUUCGGGGUCACCGCUGCAGUUUAGCCUCUCAGAGGAGUGCCUGUGGCUGGCUAAACUGCAGUGACCUUCCCCAGGACAUUCAGUAUGUAAGGCAUAAGAAUGGGAUUUGGCCUCACUCUCUACAUUACCACCUGGAGCAGGCUAAUGGCAACGGAGUGAGUAGCGAGGAAGACACAAAAAACAUGAGAGUGGUUGACGGUAGGAGCACAGGGUUGGGGAAAGGGAGGUUGAGAGAUGGAUUUGGAGAGAAGGAGGAAGAUGUGGAUGUGAGGAUGAUUGAUUUUGCCCAUGUCUUUCCCAGUGAUAGCCCAGAUGAGGGUUACAUGUACGGCUUGAAGAACCUUCUCUCUGUUCUGGAGCAGAUCCUCAAAAACUGACUUCCAUCACCUCUCUAAAUUCUGUGUGCUGAAUCAAAAUUCCUCUCUGUUAGUGUUCCUGAAGUUUAUGUUACUUCUUGGAAUAAGAUUUUGGAAUAAUGAGGUGCAGCUGGUCAUCUGUGCCAAACUGAUACACUGAGUUGCCAUUUUAUCAGAAAUACCUACCAUGUAGUUGCACUUUUUUGUUGUCAGUUACUGAUUGUAGCACAUCUCUUGCUGCACCAUUUAUCCACCACCCUGUCCAUCAAUGGAAAUGUACCACCAUAGGACCACCACUGACCAGAUUGUUUGGGUGGUGGAACAACCUCAGGUAGCAGUGAUAGCUGGUAAUGUGGCAUGACUGAAAUAGGAACAGCAAUGUUGCUGGGGUUUCUAAGCACCUCAGUGUUGCUGCUGAGUUAAGAAUAGUCUGCCUACCAGAAAUAUCCAGGUGACAGUGGUCCUGUGGUCAGAAACUGAGCACUGAUGAAGAGGAUAACUAACCUAAGUUGUGCAUGGAAAAAGAUUAACUAAAGCCAUGAACUAUGUGUACAAAUAUCUAUAAAAUGCACCUACGUGGUAAGUGUUUCUGAUAAAAUGGCCAGUAAGUAUAGGUAGAUACUACCUAGGUGCCUAAUAAACUGGUAACUUGGUGUGCACUUGCUGCUUGAGGUCAACAAUCAUUUGAAUAAUCAUUAGUUGAUUGCCUAAUGCAUCUUAACUUGUUCUAGGUUCUAAUCAGUGUUGAAUCAUCUCAAAGCCUUUGGGCAUUUUCUGAAAUGCCUGUUACACCUACAGCCUCUAUCAACACCACUGAAUCUCUUAGACAGAACAUUGUGUGCAUGUGGUCAGGCUGUAAGGGUUGCUUUAAACAUUUAUGAUGGCCUUAAUUUGAACAGUAAGACAUGGGAGUGCAUUAAAACAGUGCUUUACUGUGUUUCAGUAUAAACCUCUACAGUGGAUCAACCUGUUGAUGGCUGCUCAGUGCUUAGUAGUGUUCAUGUGUUCUGGCUCUUGACAUUUUAACAUGUCUUUGACCUGCGAAUUUUACUCUGAUGCUUUAAAAUGAUAUCUGAAAAUUCCUGAUGUAGAUCUUUAGAUCUUCAGUUCUUGUUUAUUGAUAAUAAUUAAAAAUAGUAAGUAUUUUAUGUUCAGCAUCUUAUGAAAUAACUCCUAAAGAUCUUCUCAUCUUUAAGAAACUGUUCCUCACACCCAUACAGGGAGUGCCAAGCUUUUGCUGGUAUUAGUUUUGAAGGAUAAGCAAGAGAUCUCCUUUGGUGUUUUGUAAUAUCGUAAUCGGGAAGCGGUUAACCACGAAAUGAGUCCUUUGUGAACUCGAAAACACUUAUUAGAAAUUUUGAUGUAUGAGGUAGCGUUUUAAUCGUCUUCUAAAAUUACCCGAGAGUUCUGAAAAAGACAUAAUCUUCAGUAAUGACUCACAGUUACAUAUCCAGAACACAUGGACAGCGAGCUUCAGCUGAGUCAUUGUGGAGCUUUAGGUUGAAACAUCAGAGUCUUGCGCUGAAGCUGUAUCUGCAAAUACUGGCAAAAUGCAUUCCAUACACAUCCAUUAUAUCAGCAAAUUCUCUGAUACAGAUGUGAUUCUUACAUGUUAUACUGAAUGCAAAUGCGUAUUUAUGAUGGUCUCACUGCCAGAAUGAUACAUUCCAAAUAAUCUUUGAGAUCAAAAAUGAUAGUCAAAUGUAUUAUGACUUUGUUGGUGCAUUCUGGAUUUUUUAUAUUAAUUCUAAAUUGUAUUCAAAUUUUUACUAAUGUUGCUGCUUUGUAAACAGAGAAGAUGGGUAACUUUAAUGUUUCAAGUUUUAUGAUAUCAAUGAUGUUUUAAAAGUAGUGCUUUAACAGUUGAUUAAUGGUUGAUUAAUUGCAGUGGUUUUCUUGUGGAGAAACCGUCUGCUCUGUGUGGUGCUUUGAAAUGUUAUCUUAUGGCAGGCCAGUUGAUAAGAGGUUGAACAUUUAAACGUCUUAAAAAUAUGCUAGCAGGGUUUUUAAACUAAAGAUAUAGUUUAAAGAUAUAGUAUAGAAUAUGUAGCAUAAUAUUCAUAGAACUGGAGGAAAGCCUCUAGUCAUCGCCUACAAUUGGCCUUUUUCUCCAAAGAACAAAAUGUAUUUGAAUAAAAUGACAAGCCAGUCCGCUUUGAGUAAUAUACAGUAACCUACUUCUGAAAAUCAUUUUCCCCAAGAUGUGAUUUCAAGGGACAUUAGUUCCCUUUAAUAUGCAGCAGAAUACAUUGAAUUUGCACAAUAGUAAUAAAAUAAUAACAGGCAUGUAUGUAGAUUUUGUUCUCCUGGCAGACUUUUUCAUUCUUAUCUGGACUUUCAGAUAUGGAUGUUUAAAUCCACAUUGUUCUUUGUUGAUAAAACCCAAUGAAUGAAAUUUCUUUCUUAAUUUAUCCAAAUCACAUGUUCUCCAUAGCGUUUGCGCAAAAUGUGAUCUAGCAGCAGCUUUUUUUUUGUACUCAAAGAUCUCAAAACUGUAACUGACCUGAAUUUCAAUUAGAAAAGAGAACUUGCUUUAUGAGGAAACAGUGAAAAGCUCAGUGCAUAUACAGAGAUGCAUUCAUGUAUUAAUGUUUUAUGUGUAAUCCAUUCAGAGCGUUCUCUAUGUUUCUUUUCAUUCACAGUAGUGGAUAUAAAAUGUAUGUAGUGCUUUUCUAUGUUCGAGAGAUGGUUCUCUAUUUUAACCGUUUUAAGAGUUUAGUGAGAGCUUGAACGGCUUGAACAUAAGGACAUUUAACUUUAAUCAUACACGCAUCUCAGUAUUCUGUCUGAACUAGCCUGCGCCUCGGCCAAUCCCAGUGUCUUCCUCCUUUGUAUGCUGCUGUGUUGGACCCCUGUUCUGCUGUUUACACAAGUUUUACUGGUGUUCCACUUAAAGCACAUCCUCGCAGAAAAGACAGCAGACUGCUGUACUCCGUGCUGUGAAGUACUCAGUUCUGUGGGUACUUGCUUUUAAGUCUGUUUCUUCUGUCCUCUGUAUUUGUGAAUUCUUUUCUUCUUGCCUUUGCACUGUUGCUUAAAAACUGACAUUCCCAAAUGUUUUCAUACCUGGAUGACACAUGUUGGUCUAGUGUUUGUCUUGACCCACCAAAUAUUUUGUGGAGUGAAAUAAGACAAAAAAGCUUUCAGUCCACUUUUGCUCAAUAUACUGAUAUUAAUGAAGAAUGUGCUGUAGAUGGUUCUAUAAAGAACCUUUUUGAGAAAGAUGCUAUAUAGAACCCAAAAAGGUUCUUCUAUUUUUACAGUGUCAAGCUUGUAACAAUAGAAGAACCCUUUCCUGUGCUAUAUAGAACCCUUUUUAACAAGUUAAACCAAUAAAAUUACAAUAACAAUAAAAGACAUUGUAGUGUAGUGGCUCAGUCGCCUCAAAUCUAAACAUCUGUCUGAUGCCAAUAUAUAUAUAUAUAU